AAUAAUAAGAAAAAAAAUAAUUAGUUUUAUUAUAAAAACAAUACGCAUAUUUAUUUUGAAAGUAAAGAGUUAAGAAAAAUGAAAACGGAUAAGAAUGAAAAACCUAAUCAAAACUAAAUAAAUUUGAUUGAUUAUUUAAAUAAAAAAUAAGGUUAGAAUUAAAAGAAUAACUUUGAAGACUAAGAUAGUAGCUUAGAAAAUAACUUAUCUAAUAAUUCAGAUCAAGAAGAUGAUAACUCUCAAAAAAAUUAAUGUGAUUUUAAUUUUGAUCAUUCUGAAAAUUAAAAUACAAAAAUUCAUAGGAAUUAAUGUAUGAAAGACAACAAUAAACCAAAUAAAAAUAGAAAUAGUUCCUAUAGUUCUAAUAAGAAACAUCAAUCAAAUAAUAAAUCAAAAAUUACUCAAAUUAACAAAAAAACUACUGGAAUGAAUUAUUAUAGAGCUAAUGAUAGAAUUACUUUCAAAAACAAUAUUUUUAAUGGAGAUGACGAUGAAGAAGAGGAAACAAAAGAUAGCACUGAAUAGUCUGAAGCUACAAAUAAUCAACUUUCUGUUUUUACUUCUAAUGAAGAUAAAUAAAACAGUGAUUUUAAUCAAUAAGAUUAGAACGGUAAAUAUAAAAGUAAAAAAGGAGGAGAAGAAGAUGAAGAAGACGAUGAUUACUAAACUAUAGAUGAUGACGAAGCAGUAAACUAUGAUUCGAAUAAUCAAUAGUACCCUAGCUAGAGUAAUCCAAGAUCAAAUAGUGAAAUCAUAAAUGAAAGCGAUAGCUUAUAAAAUUAAUAAAAUCAAUAAAGAUCUCAUGAGGGUAAUACUUUACCUCCUCGUUUGUAAAGUCUAUUUCCAGAUAUAAACUAAAAUAUGAUUAGUUUAGCUUCACCUAACCUAAACCAUUCUCGAAUUCUUCUUACUCUACCUUUCCGUAGCCGAAAUGGGUUUGGCUUAUCUUUACUUGACUAACUUAACAAUGCUAGUUAAAGACCAAGGAGUAAUCGAACUAGAAGAGACAUUAAUUCUUGGAGAUAAAGAUAAAAUCAUCAUUAAUAUGCUGACAUCUUUAAUGAUCAUCAUUCAAAUCCUUUAGAAAUUUAAUCAACUGAAUCUAUUUAAACUCAGAUUAAGUAGUUGACCUGUGCCCGUAUUUCCUCUAUUUUAAUUUACUUUUUCUUGCUUUAUUUUAUGAGAAACUAAAAUAUGAUAUUUAUUUUCGUUGCAACUAUAAUUUUGCUUAUCAUUUAGUUCUACAUACAUAUUAAAAAGAAAUAAUUGGUAUAGAGUAGAGGUAGCUAAAUUCAUGAAAAUAGAUAUUUUUCAUACAGACUUUCUGAUUCUAACAAUAAUUAAAUAAACGAAAAUAAUUAAGUCUUUGAAAAUAAUUUUGAUCUUUAUGAUAGAUUUCCACGAAGGGCAGUAAGAAGCAGAGGUUUGGAAAAUUAUAUACGUGAAUUAAAUCAUGUGCUUUUAAUUAAUACAUUCUUUAGUAUAAUAAACUAAAUUUAACAACCUGCAGCUGUUGGCUAUAACGACCAGUAACUUAACUAGAUAGGAGGUACCUAUAAAUACUCCUAACUUAAAAUGCAACUUAAAUUGGAAAAAAAUUAAAAUGUAGAUCAUGAAUAAGCUAAUGCUGAUACGUAAGAUUUAGAAGAAGAUGAUAAUCAAUGUGUUGUUUGUUUAGAAAAGUUUUGCAAUGACGUUGAUGUUAGGAUUCUGAAAUGUUAGCACUACUUUCACUAAAGUUGCGUUGAUGAGUGGCUCAAAAAAAAAAUGGAAUGUCCUGUUUGUAGACAAUGUCCUUUUAAUGUAGAGGCUUUUACUGAAGAUGUUUCUUCAAAUGCAGAACCAAAUUAAAGCAAUUAACACAAUUUUAUCUCUCCAAUUUAAAUCAUUCCAUCUAUCAGAACUUCUCCAUUUACUCAUUAAUAUCAAAUAAGGAGCAAUAGAAGGCCUAAUAUAGAGCCAUCUUUGAACUUCUGA